AUGUCUCCUCUUCAUGGAAAAGACCCUCUCGCAGGACUGGGCGAUGAAACAGAAAACUUUUAUAUAUUAGAAAAGCAAGUAUUUGCUGAACCUAUAAAAGCCAAUGAGACUGAUUCAGAAAUAGUGGUAAUAGAUAAUAAUUUCACAUUCUUGGAUAAAAUUACUGUAGUGAAAAGAGUUGGUCGGAGAAACAAGUAUCACAUAGAUAUUGAGGAUACCACCAAACCUAAAUGUCCAGAGUCUGUCAGUACACCUCCGUUCCCACAGCAACACUCGGCCCCACAAGUGUUCAGUCUGCGGUAA